GCUGAUGCGAGAUUUCUCGCAGCCCCACCACACUUUUUAAUGUUUUAUUAUUAUAUUGUGUUGUGUUUGUGUAGCCAGCAGUAAAAGUUAGCAAUAAUAAAAAAGAUCGAUGUUUUCGCAACAUUGAUGAGUCACCAAUAACAUUUUAAAAAGUUUCUAUGUGACGCAAGGCGUAAUGUUGAACAUCAUCUCCAUGAAAUGAGCUCGUUUCGGUAGCUGACAAUUUCCCAAUUCGGAAUGGCGGUCCGUCGUCCACCUGGUUCAGCCCCUAUGGAGUCGGUGCCCAGCGCUGGCGACCCUCUGCGAGAGCUCUUCGAGGCGUGUAAAGUGGGCGACAUCGCCAGGGUGCGGAAGUUGAUCACUCCACAAACGGUCAACGCGAGAGACACAGCUGGACGCAAGUCCACCCCCUUGCACUUUGCAGCUGGUUACGGAAGACGAGACGUGGUCGAGUACCUCCUUUCCGCUGGGGCCUCAAUUCAGGCACGAGACGACGGCGGUCUCCACCCCCUACACAACGCAUGUUCAUUCGGCCAUGCCGACGUCGUCAGACUUCUCCUCGAAGCUGGAGCGAACCCCAACACUCGAGACAACUGGAAUUACACCCCUCUGCACGAGGCGGCCAUCAAAGGGAAGGUCGACGUGUGUAUAGCCCUUCUACAGCACGGCGCCGAGCCAGACAUUACCAAUUCGGAAGGUAAGACCCCACUCGAUAUGGCCGAUAACUCAACUAGGGCUGUGCUUACUGGAGAGUAUAGAAAAGAUGAGCUUUUGGAGGCAGCGCGUUGCGGCGCCGAAGACAAACUCCUAACGCUUUUGACACCUCUUAAUGUUAAUUGUCACGCAAGCGAUGGACGACGUUCCACCCCGCUACAUUUGGCGGCGGGGUAUAAUCGGAGUCGUGUGGUUCAGUUGUUGCUGCAACAUGGGGCGGAUGUUCAUGCUAAGGAUAAGGGCGGUCUAGUUCCUUUGCACAAUGCGUGCUCGUACGGUCAUUUUGAAGUAACAGAAAUGCUAAUCAAACAUGGUGCUAAUGUCAACGCCAACGACCUAUGGGCUUUUACACCGUUACACGAAGCUGCUUCUAAAUCACGAAUCGAAGUUUGUUCGUUACUGCUUAGCGAAGGGGCGGAUCCUACUCAGCUUAACUGCCAUUCGAAAUCAGCAAUAGAUGUCGCGCCUACGAGAGAGCUACAAGAACGAUUAACUUGCGAAUAUCGUGGACAUCAGCUGCUAGACGCUUGCAAGCAGAGCGACACCACGAAACUAAAAAAGUUCCUUACGUCGGAAGUAGUUAAUUUUAAACACCCGUACAGUGGCGAUACGGCUUUACACGUCGCUGUUAAUUCUCCAUACCCUAAACGAAAGCAAAUUGUGGAAUUGCUGAUACGUAAAGGCAUCCACUUGAACGAAAAGAAUAAAGACUUUUUGACACCGUUGCACUUAGCGGCGGACAAUUCUCACUUAGAUCUCAUGGAAGUGCUACUGAGGCACGGAGCUAAAGUUAACGCUUUGGAUGGAUUAGGGCAGACGGCGCUACAUAGGUGUACGAAAGAAGAUAACGUCCAAGCGUGCAGACUUCUGUUGUCUUAUAACGUGGAUUCGUCAAUUGUUUCGUUGCAAGGGUACACGGCGGCGCAGUUGGCUGGAGAAAAUGCGCAGAAGUUGUUUCAAGAUCCGCCUGCUGUUAAUGGUGACGUAGAGUGUCAAGUAUUAGAAGCUGCCAAAUCUGGAGAUCUCGAACAAGUACAAAGGUUGUUGGAAACUUAUCCUAAUAUUGUCAAUUGUCGUGAUUUAGAUGGUCGUCACUCGACUCCUCUUCAUUUUGCGUCCGGGUACAACAGGGUAGCUGUCGUCGAGUACCUUCUUCAGCAGGGGGCCGAUGUACAUGCGAAAGACAAAGGUGGUUUGGUGCCUUUACACAACGCCUGCUCCUACGGCCACUACGAAGUGACCGAACUCCUGGUGAAACACGGAGCCAACGUCAACGUCGCCGAUCUCUGGAAGUUCACUCCGCUCCACGAAGCAGCCGCGAAGGGCAAAUACGAAAUCGUGAAAUUACUUCUAAAACAUGGCGCCGACCCGACCAAAAAGAACCGUGACGGGGCCACGGCGCUGGAUUUAGUGCGAGAGUGUGAUCAGGACGUCGCCGACUUGUUGCGAGGCAACGCGGCGCUUCUAGAUGCCGCGAAAAAGGGUAACUUGGCGAGAAUCCAGCGGUUGAUCACGUCCGAGAAUAUCAACUGCCGGGAUGUACAAGGAAGAAAUUCUACCCCGUUGCAUCUGGCAGCGGGUUACAACAACGUUGAAGUCGCUGAGUAUCUGCUGGAGCAUGGGGCGGAUGUUAAUGCUCAGGAUAAGGGUGGGUUGAUACCGUUGCAUAAUGCGUCGAGUUAUGGUCAUUUGGAUAUAGCGGCGUUGUUGAUUAAGUAUAAUACGGUGGUUAAUGCCACGGAUAAGUGGGGGUUUACGCCUCUUCACGAAGCUGCUCAAAAAGGAAGGACGCAGUUGUGUGCUCUGUUGUUGGCUCAUGGAGCUGACCCCUUCCUCAAAAACCAAGAAGGUCAAACCCCCAUGGAUCUCUCGAGCGCCGAAGACGUCCGCUGCCUCCUCCAGGACGCCAUGGCCUCCCAGCAAGGUGUCACCACGGCUCCUCCUUCUCGUCCUCUCUCCGUCGUUUCAUCGAAAUCACCUAGUCCUUCUCUUUUGCCUACAAUCAAUACCGAAACAGUGUUAAUGCCGUCCGGUGCGUCUGUGCAAAUGUCAAUACCGGUGGGCAGCCGCUCCAGCGUGGCGAUGCCGGCCGUGGAGGGAUGCUGUUCGACCUCGAAGGUAGAAGGCGACGAUCAGGAACUGAUAGGAAAUAUCACCAACGUUUCGACGUUCUUGACGAGCUUGAACUUGGAGCAGUUGAUAGAUAUUUUCGAAAGGGAGCAAAUCACGUUGGAUAUUUUAGCGGAAAUGAACCACGAGGAUUUGAAGCAGAUAGGGAUCUCGGCGUACGGUUUCAGGCAUAAGCUGAUCAAGGGAAUGGAACGGCUGAUGGCUGGUUAUGGAGGGUUGAGAUCGAUGCCUACGAAUCCUGGCACGUUGCUCAUUGACCUUUUGGCAGACGAUAAAGAGUUUAUUACUGUUGAAGAGGAGAUGCAGAAUAGCAUCAGGGAGCAUCGGGAUAACGGACACGCUGGGGGUGUUUUUAAUAGAUAUAAUAUUGUUAGGAUACAGAAAGUUCAGAACAGGAAAUUAUGGGAACGAUACAUUCAUCGAAGACAGGAAGUCUCGGAAGAAAACAACAAUCAAUGCAACGAAAGGAUGCUCUUUCACGGCUCCCCUUUCAUUAACGCCAUAGUACAGAAGGGCUUUGAUGAAAGACACGCUUACAUCGGAGGAAUGUUCGGCGCAGGUAUCUAUUUCGGGGAGCAUUCUUCCAAGAGCAACCAGUACGUCUACGGAAUAGGGGGCGGCACCGGAUGUCCGACUCACAAAGACCGAUCGUGCUAUAUCUGCCACAGGCAUCUACUGCUGUGUCGCGUCACUCUCGGAAAAAUGUUUCUUCAAUUCAGUGCCAUGAAGAUGGCCCACGCACCUCCGGGCCACCACUCCGUGGCCGGGCGGCCGUCGACUGGCGGUUUGAACUUCCCCGAGUACGUGGUGUACAGGGGCGAACAGGCCUACCCUGAAUACCUAAUCACGUACCAGAUAGUCAAACCCGAAAAUCUGCCGGUGGCUAACGAUAGCACUGUUCGGUGAUUCAACCAGAAAAAGUUGACUCGAGAAGCGGUCAAGGAGCUGUGGUGCACCGCCGUGUCCACCGCGCUCACUUGCCUGGUCCCGAAAGCGGCUUGUUCAUGUAGAAAAUCGAGGCAAUGACGGACAGGAGUGCGUUUUCCUUUUUAAUGUGUUCAUUAAUCAUUGUUAUGUAUGAUAAAUAACUCCCGUAUUGUGAAACAAGGGGGUGUAUGUUCGCUGUGCGCUAAGGACUGAGGUAUCUUCGCAAAAUGUGAUAUAUAUUUUUUGAACGAUUAUAGUCAAGUCGAAUAUCGUUUUAUUUAUGGUGUGGUGUUUUAAUCUAUUUUUCGUCUUUUUUUGUACUGUAGGAUGUUAUUAAAACGUAUAAAGCGAA